AUGAAAUUCGCAUCAAUUUUCGCAGUUACUUUGGCGCUCGUAGCUAUUACUCAAGCAGCUCCUAUGAAGUUUACUAGACGUCGUUUUGGAGUAGAACAUACCCCAGAAGCCGACGCUACCUUUCAAGAAGUAAAGGAUAUUGUUCAAGGUACCGAUAAGGAAGAAAAAGCUGGUAAUUUAUCAGGUGCAAUGGUAAGAGCUCUUUUGGCAAAAGCACCGGCUUGCGAUCAACAAGAUAGAGCAGAUGAAGUGAUUGACUUGGGUAGAGAACUUGGAGGUGAACAAGAGGAACAACUUAUUGAAGUUGCUAAAACAUACCGUCAACUUGAGCGUAAUACUCCAAAUGCCGGUCAACCAUCUGAACUCUGUAAAAAACCUCCAAGAAAUAAAGAACUUGAAGGAUUGGUUCAAGCUCAAGAUCCUACCGGAAAAGCCAAAGACCCUGAAGUCGGCAAAGGCAAAGACAAGGAACCUGAAGUUGGCAAAGGAAAAGACAAGGACCCUGAAGUCGGCAAAGGCAAAGACAAGGAACCUGAAGAUCCCGCAAAUGGUGAAGAAAAUGUCGCAGAAACCGAUCCUGUUGGAGGAGUUAAAAUGCCAAAGAUUCAACAAGAUGGUGAUGUAUUCAUUGUUAAUGGAAAUGAAUUUAAAGACAUAAAGACCGCACAAGGCCGUCAAUGUGACAUUCAACAUAAUCUUUGCUUUAACAAAUUCAAUGCUGGAGAUAGAAGUUUCUCUGGUGCGGAUUGUGAUAAUCAAACAGGUGUUUGUAAAUCUGGUCCUCCC